CGCUAACGACGAUGUCAGGGUGGGAAUCCUACUACAAAAACGAGGGAGAUGAAGAAGAAGAACCACAAGAUGACAGCCCUGAAGCAGGCGGUGAAUAUAAAUACUCAGGAAGAGAUUGUUUGAUUUUCUUGGUUGAUGCCUCCAGGGCCAUGUUUGAAUCUCAGGAUCAAGAUGAAUUGAGUCCUUUUGAUAUGAGCAUCCAGUGCAUCCUGAGUGUGUACACCAGCAAGAUCAUAAGCAGUGACCGGGAUCUCUUGGCAGUGGUGUUCUAUGGUACUGAGAAAGACAAAAAUUCAGUGAAUUUCAAAAAUAUUUAUGUCUUACAGGAGUUGGAUAAUCCAGGUGCUAGACGAGUGCUACAGCUUGACCAGUUUAAGGGGCAGGAGGGGAAGAAACAUUUCCAAGACCUGAUUGGCCAUGGAUCUGACUAUUCAGUAAGUGAAGCGCUGUGGGUCUGUGCCAACCUCUUCAGUGACGUCCAGUUGAAGAUGAGUCAUAAGAGGAUCAUGCUGUUCACCAAUGAAGAUGACCCCCAUGGCAAUGACAGUGCCAAAGCCAGUAGAGCCAGGACCAAAGCUGCUGAUCUCCGUGACACAGGUGUCUCCCUUGACUUGAUGCACCUGAAGAAGCGAGGCGGCUUUGACAUAUCCUUGUUCUACAGAGAUAUCAUCAGUGUCGCAGAGGGUGAGGACACAGGGGUCUACUUUGAGGAGUCAGGCAAACUGGAAGACCUGUUGAAGAAGGUUCGCGCCAAGGAGACCAAGAAGCGCGCGCUCAGCAGGUUGAAGUUUAAGCUCAGCAAAGACAUAGCACUCACUGUCGGCGUUUAUAACUUGGUCCAGAAGGCUAUAAGGCCUUCCCCAGUAAGGCUUUAUCGGGAAACAAACGAGCCUGUGAAAACCAAGACCCGGACAUUCAAUGUGAACGAUGGCAGUUUGCUUCUGCCGAGUGACACCAAGAGGUCUCAGACCUAUGGGAGUCGUCAGAUUGUACUAGAGAAAGAGGAAACUGAACAGCUAAAACAGUUUGAUGAGCCAGGUUUGAUCCUCAUCGGUUUCAAGCCCUUGAUCAUGCUGAAGAAGCACCAUUACCUGAGGCCGGCCCUGUUUGUGUACCCCGAGGAAGCGCUGGUGAAUGGGAGCACAACCCUGUUCAGUGCCCUGCUCACCAGAUGUCUGGAGAAGGAGGUCAUGGCAGUGUGCAGGUACACACCCCGCCGGAACUGCCCCCCUUACUUCGUGGCGUUGGUGCCACAGGAGGAGGAGCUGGAUGACCAGAAGAUUCAAGUGACUCCCCCAGGCUUCCAGCUCAUCUUCCUGCCCUAUGCUGACGAUAAACGGAAGGUGCCCUUCACUGAGAAAGUCCUGGCAAACCCGGAGCAGAUAGACAAGAUGAAGGCCAUUGUUCAGAAGCUACGCUUCAAGUACAGGAGUGACAGCUUUGAGAACCCAGUGCUGCAGCAACACUUCAGGAACCUGGAGGCCUUAGCUUUGGACUUGAUGGAGCCUGAACAAGCAGUAGAUCUGACAUUGCCCAAGGUUGAAGCAAUGGAUAAAAGACUGGGUUCCCUGGUGGAUGAGUUUAAGGAGCUGGUGUACCCACCAGAUUACAAUCCUGAGGGAAAAACUACCAAGCGAAAAGCAGAUGAUGAAGGUUCUGGAAGCAAAAGGCCCAAGGUGGAGGUAUCUGAAGAGGAGCUGAAGGGCCACGUCAGCAGGGGCACGCUGGGUAAGCUCACUGUGCCCACGCUGAAGGAAGCCUGCAGGGUGCACGGGCUGAAGGGUGGGCAGAAGAAGCAGGAGCUGCUGGAUGCUCUCACCAGGCACUUCCAGGAGGGCUGA